UGCCACGGCUCGCUCUCGCAGCAGGCGGCGCCGCCGCCGCAGCAGCAGUUCCCCGGGGUCUUCGCGCGGCUCGCUGCGCCGCUCCGUGGCCCGGUCCAGAGGCCGGUCAAGAGGGCGAGCCAGAGGCCAUUCCCCCACGAGGAGCCCGUCAAGGCGGCCGCCCGCAGGCGAGGCCCACGCGCGGGCAACGGCAGCCGCGGCUGCGGCCAGACAGAGCACGGGCGACGCCGAGCAAGCUCUGCGUCAGUUUCUGGCGCAGCACAGCCCGCCUUGCACGGAAGAGCUCCAGACACAGGUCCUCGAGGGUUUGAAGGAGACUUGCGUUAAGACGCGUUGGCAGCUAUCGGUGGCGCCCCGAGAGCUGUUAUUGCAGAUUUUCCCAGCUGAAACCAAAGGGGCGCAACUCACCCUGUGUCUGCACGUGCAACAAGCAGUGGCGGCAUCAAGCCAGAACCACCGAGGGGGGGCCUCCAACGAGGGUGCUGCGGCACAGGAGGUUGCUCGCCUUAGCAGGAGGUUGCGGAAAGACCGCCGGGCCCACGAGGGACGCAGCGAGUCCUCCAGCUCAGCCGGUUCCACCCACAGGGACCUGGACGCGUUGGCGUGUCUGAAGAAGCACGGCUUGGCCGGUGUGCGCCACGACCACUGCGUGCCGUACAGCAGCCUCAAAACGCUCGCCGGGUCUGCCCGGAAGGCGGCCAAGAAGGACAAGUCCUGCGUUGCCGGGGGCCCGCUGCACAAGUGGGCGCCCCACUGGAUGGACGACAGACACAAGCCAAGGAAGGGGACAGACGCCACGCACGCGCAGUGGACCGCGAUGUGGUGGACCCGCGCCCUCGCGCAGCUCACGCUGCAAGCCCGCGCGGGCAGGGAGACAAUGUCCGUGGAGGCGUUGGUGUCGGCCUUCCUCGACACUAACCGCGUCGCAGUGGAGGGCUCCGGUCGCACGGCGGCGGAGUACGACGCUUCUUUGUGGAGCGAGAUGGCCGAGAGGACCCGCAGGCACGACGCGGCCUGCGUGCCGCAGGCCAUGGUUAGCAACGUCGAGGAGAACAGGCGCGCACGGGCGCGGUCGGCCGCGGGCCUGUCCGCCUCGGGCGCUCGCGGGUCGCAGCAGCAGCAGCAGCAGCAGCAGGCGCAGCAGGCGCAGCACUUUGCGCAGGUGCAACAGCAGUACCAGGGGGCGCCAAAGGGCAGUGGCAAACGCGCCGGGGUGAACCAUCAGUGGUCUCCCCCGUCUGCCGGGCAGGGCGCCCGCCAGUGGUUCCAGACGCCGCCGCCGCCGCCGGCGAAGGGUGGCAAGGGUCAGCGGCGCCGUCCGUGAGCGGGGCCUGGUGAUGCUUCCGAUGGCACGAGUGACAGUGACCGCCAAUCGCUUGACAGUUGCCCAUCGGUUGCUAGCGCCAGCCCAGGCGUCGACGCCGCCGGUUGCAUGAGCACGUCGCCGGUUUCGCACAUGUAUGAGGUUGCUGCCACGUUUGAGUUGUGGGACCCAAUGUCGUGGCAUCCUGAACACGAUGUGAGUGCUGAACAAGAGUUCUGCAUCCGGCAAUUGGCAGCGCAGCCUGCCGCUGUAGUUGCGGACACGAAUCAGAUCGUUGAUGUUUGGCGCCAGAAGUUGC